UGCGCAGGGAAAGCUGCGCAUGGAAAGCCCCACCCACUCUGCCGUUGCUGAGCGACAGAGGAAGCUUAGGAGUCACCAUCGUCUCUGCUCUUCUAAACAGUCCGAGAUCAUUACUCAGAUUUCCACUGCCGAAGCAAUGGAGGUGACGAUGGACCCUAUGUUUUUGGCGUGGAGCUAUUUCAGGAGACGAAAGCUUCAACAAUGUUCUGAUAUUUGCACGAAAAUACUGCAAGAAAACCCAUACGACCAGGCUGCGUGGAGCUUGAAAACUCGUGCUCUUACUGAGAUGGUAUACAUUGAUGAAAUUGAGGUCGACCAGGAGGGAAUUGCUGAGAUGAUGCUGGAUGAGAGCUCCAUUGCACAAGUAGCACGACCUGGAACAUCACUGAGACUCCCUGGAACAAGUCAAGGUGGAGGUCCUACACAAGCUGUCAGGCCUAUGACACAAUCAGGGCGUCCUAUCACAGGAUUUGUGCGACCCAGCACACAGUCAGGGCGUCCUGGGACGAUGGAGCAGGCUAUCAAGACUCCAAGGACUGCAAGCACUGCUCGUCCUGUUACUAGUGCUUCUGGUAGAUAUAUUCGCCUGGGAACAGCUUCGAUGUUAACCAAUCCAGAAGGACCAUUUAUAAACUUGUCAAGACUAAAUCUGGCCAAGUAUUCCCAAAAGCCAAAUUUAUCCAGGACUCUUUUUGAGUUCAUCUUUCAUCAUGAGAAUGAUGUGAAAAACGCUUUAGAUUUGGCUGCUCAGGCUACUGAGCAUGCUCAGUUCAAAGACUGGUGGUGGAAAGUUCAGCUGGGAAAAUGCUACUACAGGCUCGGUUUAUAUCGGGAAGCAGAAAAACAAUUUCGAUCAGCCCUAAACCACCAAGAGGUGGUGGACACAUUUCUCUACCUUGCAAAAGUGUAUCAGCGCCUGGAUCAACCAAUCACAGCGCUCAACCUUUUCAAACAAGGCCUGGAUCACUUUCCUGGUGAGGUUACCCUUCUAACAGGAAUCGCCCGGAUACAUGAGGAGAUGAACAACAUCCCAUCAGCCACUGAGUACUACAAAGACGUUCUGAAGCAGGACAACACUCAUGUAGAGGCUAUAGCCUGCAUUGGCAGCAAUCACUUUUACACUGAUCAGCCUGAGAUCGCUCUACGCUUCUACAGACGGCUGCUCCAGAUGGGGGUAUACAACUGCCAGCUGUACAACAACCUGGGCCUGUGCUGCUUCUACGCGCAGCAGUACGAUAUGACUCUGUCCUCAUUCGAGAGAGCUCUGGCUCUGGUGGCCAACGAUGAAGAGCAGGCUGAUGUCUGGUAUAACAUUGGACACGUGGCUGUGGGCAUUGGGGACUUGACUCUAGCCUAUCAGUGUUUUAAACUGGCGUUAGCUUUUAAUAAUGACCAUGCUGAGGCCUACAACAACCUGGCCGUGCUGGAGCUACGCAAAGGUCGCAUCGAACAGUCUAAAGCCUUCCUGCAGACUGCUGAAUCACUGGCCCCUCACAUGUAUGAGCCACACUUCAACCUCUCUAUUCUCUCUGAAAAGAUUGGAGACCUUCAGAGCAGCUAUACCGCGGCACAGAAGUCUGAAGACUCUUUUCCUGAGCACGUUGACACUCAGCAGCUUCUGAAGCAACUUCGGCAGCACUUUUCGGCGCUGUAAGCAACAGGCCAGAGUUCUUAAAAAGCAAGAUGUGGUCUGAAUAGAAAGUUGACUCAGAUCAGAGACACUGCAGUGGUAGGUAAAAGCUAAAUGUUUGAAAUACUGGCAGGUUAGUCAGACAUGACAAUCUAUGAAUGGACAUUAGCUUUGGUCUGUGUUUAUGUAUAAAGGGUAUUUCUUCACCAAAUUACCGGUCUAUCAGGAACACUUUCUAAUAGUGUAACAAGGUGUUGGUACAGUCUUAUGUGGAGUUUCCCACACUCCACUUUUUAUUCUCCAGCAUCUCUCAGAGCCUAUAAUGAGGUUUAAAUGACAUUAUAAAACCACUAGAGCCUCCAGUGGUUUAUUGCUUUGACUCCACUCAAGGAUGGACAAUGCGUCACCUCCUCCUGUUGUACAAAAGUGAAGUCAGCCCCCUCCAAGAUGCAGGCCGAUAUUUCCUCAUUUGGAGCCGGAGUUUGUGCAGCAGAAACUGGCUGUUGUAGCUGCUGUAUUGUAUACUGUCUUGCAACUUCUCCUAAGCUAAACACAUUUGAUUUACCAAUAAAACAGCAAAAUUCUUGA